UAUAAAAUAAUUAUGCCUGUCGUGAUUCUCUUUUUGGUGCAGCUUGCUGCGCAGCUCUGACUGAGCUCAGCCUGGAGGACUCGUGUGCUCAUCACAUUGCGCAGGUCAGCUUAUAGCAAAAAAGUAGUCUAAAACAUAACAAUUUGAAGCAAGUUGAGUUUCUUUCUCAGGAAAACGGGAUCUAUAUUUUCGCCAAACUGAUUUUAGCCCAAGAGUCUGGACCGAAUGUGUCAUCUAUACAGUGUUGCGCGUUCCGGGCACUGCGCUUCCUCUUCAGCGUGGAGAGGAACAGACAUCACUUUAAGAGGCUCUUUCCCACCUUUACGAGGCGUUUAUUGACGUGGGCCAUUACGUGCUUGGACCUGGAAGCCUACGAGGGUCUUCAAAUCAAAGUGUCGCAGUAUUCUGUGAGAACAACAUAAAACCACCUAUUCAUUGAACCAUUGUUUUAUUGUCAUUUUUUGGGGGGGUGUUACAGGACGAGGAGCAGGAGAGCCUGCAGGAGGGAAUCAUGGCUGUGGACCAGAACCGGCCCACGCUCAAAGUGAUCAACGGCUACACUGUACUGGAACACCUCGGCACCGGUGCCUUUGGUAGCGUCUUCAAGAUGGCCCCCCCCAAAUAUCGUCAAGUACUACAAGACCUUCCUGGAAGGUGAGGCUCUCUUCUGAUUAUCACGUGCAAGAAGAUGGCGAACGAGUUGAUUGGCUCGCCCCUAGAUGACAAGCUGUACAUCGUGAUGGAGCUGAUCGAGGGCGUUCCUCUGCUGGAGCGUUGCAACUCCCUGAAGGAGAAGCAACAGAGCUUCAUUGAGGAGCGAAUCUGGAACAUCUUCAUCCUGAUGUGCCAGGCCCUGAGGUACCUCCACAAGGACAAACGCAUCGUCCAUCGCGACCUGACGCCCAACAUCAUCAUGCUGGGCGAAGAGGAGAAAGUCACCAUCAUCGACUUUGGGCUGGCCAAGCAGAAGCAGGAGAACAGCAAGAUGACCUCAGUGGCCGUGGUAGAGGAGCUGCUGGAAGGGAGCGGCUGCAACAAAGACAAGAGCGGCAGGUGCGCGUCACCAUGGCGACACGCUGCUUCCUGUGUGGGCGGAGAGUAAGUUGCCCCACUGUGUGUGUGGAUGCGUGCUUGUGUGCUUGUGUGCGUGUGUGUGUGUGUGUGUGUGUGAGCAAAACCACAGACCAAAAUAAAAGUGAAGAAAAAGGUUUAUAAAGGAAAUGAGCUCACAAAUCAAGCCCAUUUAGACUGCUGGUGGCAAAAACACAUGCAAACCCGCGGACUGGAGACUGACUGACAGCCAGGACACAACAUUAGGUAUGCCCAAGUUGUGUUGUUGCGUUGUGAUUGAAAUUGUUUUCUUGGUGUGUAAAUUACUGACGGUUCACUGAAAAUGGCUGCAAGCUUGUAACUGUCAAUGUGGAAAAUAAUGUUCAUGUCUAAAAUCAUAGAUUACAGUCCAUCCAUCCAUCCAUUUUAGAAAUACAUAUAAAAAAUACAUAUUAAAAAAAUGCAGCAAUAUACUUUGCAAUGGGGGUUGAAUAAUUUGGAUUACUACUGUAAACGACUAAACUAAAACAUAAAAUAAAUAUUUAUAAAUAAAUAAAAAUGAAAUGUAUUUUUUUAAAAUAUUGAAAUAAAAUAUUUCCCCCAAAAUGAUGAUGUAUCAAUAUAAUUUCCAAUUAGGUUGAAAUAUUUUUAAAUAGUGACAGUAAUAGAAAUAAUUAAAGCUUAAAAAUACAUUUAAAAAAAAAAAUAAUACAAAAUUACAAGUCUAAAAAAUAUACAAAUAUAGACAAAUAAUAUGACAAAUAUUCGCGACCCUAGUGAGGAGAAGCGGCUCAGAAAAUGGAUGGAUACAAAAAUAUAUCGACGCUUCCGUUUGACACCGUCAGAGUUGGUUUGGUUACCUUAUUUGGCCACAUGGUGGAGACAAAGUAGUAGAAACACUUCUCGGGAUGACGCAUGUUUGUGCGCCGCUUCUCCUCACGAGGGUCGCGGGCGUGCUGGAGCCUAUCCCAGCUGUCAUCGGGCAGGAGGCGGGGUACGCCCAGAACUGGUUGCCGGCCAAUCGCAGGGCACAUAGGAACAAGCAACAUUCGCACUCACAUUCACACCUACGGGCAAUUUAGAGUCCCCAAUGAAUGCAUGUUUUUGGGAUGUGGGAGGAAACCGGAGUGCCCGGAGAAAACCCACGCAGGCACGGGUAGAACAUGCAAACUCCACACUGGCGGGGCCGGGUAUUGAACCCCGCUCCUCAGAACUGUGAGGCUGACGCUCUAACCAGUCGGCCACCGUGCCGCCGUGUUGGAUAUUUGUCAUAUUAUUUGGAUAUGUUGGGCAGCCGUGGCCCAAUGGUUAAGAUCAUCGCCUGCCACCGUGGGGGACCUAGGUUCAAAACCCCGACUGGACCAUCCGCCAACAUCCCCCGGACUCAUGGCUGUGGUGUCCUUGAGCAAGACACUGAUACCCCGAAAUGCUCCCCGGGCGCUUCAGCUGCCCCCUGCUCCAGUGUGUUCCACUAACAUGUGUAUGUGUUCACU